UAGCAAUCAGCGCCACACAAUUCUUCUAUUAUUUAACUCAACUAUACCAAAAAUAUAAAUAAAUGAAUUAAAUGUGCUUUUCAUCUAAAAACUAUGCUAAUAAAUAAAUUAAGAACUUUGCGCCGUUACUGUGUGCAAGCCAGCGGCACUUUCUAUGCUACAACACCAAUUUUCUAUGUGAAUGCCGCACCACACAUUGGACAUUUGUACUCGGCUGUUAUAACAGAUGCGCUAUGCCGUUAUCAACGUUUGCAGCAUCCUGAGGUGUCGGUGCACCUCUGCACAGGCACCGAUGAGCAUGGCACGAAAAUUCAGCAAGCCGCAGCUGCACAAGGCGUACCAGUUGCACAAUAUUGCGAUGAUAUUUCUGCACGCUACCGUCAGAUAUUCAAGGAGACGGGCAUAGCCAACACCGAUUUCAUACGUACCACCGAGCAGCGCCACAAGCGGGCGGUAGCGCAUUUUUGGCGUACCUUACACUCGCGUGGUCACAUCUACUCUGCCGCCUAUAGCGGCUGGUAUUGCGUUUCAGAUGAAACUUUUCUAACUGAUUCUCAACUACGUUUGGACACUGCAACCGGCGCACACUUCUCGCUCGAGUCUGGCCAUCCUGUUGAAUGGACUGAGGAAACCAAUUACAUGUUUCGUUUGUCAGAUUUGCAAAAAGAGGUCAUCUAUUGGGUUAAACAGGGUGGUCGUAUACGUCCUGCUAAGUUUGAGAAAAUUCUAUUGGAUAUGCUAAGUGAACCAUUGCCGGAUGUUUCUGUUUCGCGUCCUGCAAAUCGUGUACACUGGGCUAUUCCGGUGCCCGACGAUGAAACGCAAACGGUAUAUGUGUGGUUGGAUGCGCUUAUAAAUUAUCUUACAUCAGCUGGUUAUCCUGAAAGCGCCUAUCGGAAGUUGUGGCCCCCCAACGUGCACGUUAUCGGAAAGGAUAUUCUGAAGUUCCAUGGCAUUUAUUGGCCAGCAUUUCUUAUUGCUGCAGGUUUGGAACCUCCACAACAACUAUUCGUUCACUCCCACUGGACAGUGGAUGGGCAGAAAAUGUCGAAAAGUAAGCAAAACGUCGUGGAUCCUGUUGCGGCUGCGGAAACUUACACAAUGGAGGGCCUGCGGUACUUUCUGCUCCGUGAGGGUGUAGCGCAUAGCGAUGGCAACUUCAGCAACGUAAAAGCUUUGCGCAUCCUGAACUCUGAACUGGCAGACACGUUGGGUAAUCUCUUAUCGCGAGCUUGUGCGAAAUCCCUUAAUCCGCGACAAGUUUACCCGCGCCUGCAUGCGGUGCAACUCGACGAUUUGCUGCGGAUGGAUGCAGCCAAGCGGUUACAGGAUGCAUUGCAACAAAUUGCAGUACGUUGCGCCCAACAUUAUGCGGAUAACAAUUUCUAUCUGGUUGUGGACACAGUUAUAUCCACUUUGCAUGCAGCGAAUAACUUCUUCGAAACGGCACGUCCGUGGGAAUUGAAGCGCCCGACGGGUACUACCACAACCGACGGCAGUAAUGCGGCGGACGCUGCUAAUGGGCAGAAUAUUGAAAAUAUAAAACGACUGGAAACGAUAAUCGCUAUGACAAUGGACACGUUGCGCAUCUGCGGUAUUGUAUUGCAACCGAUUGUGCCGCAGCUGUGUGGAAAGUUGCUCGAUAAAUUGGCGGUGCCGCAAGAGCAACGUUUAUGGCAUAAUUUAGGCGACUGCUUUGCAACGACAACAACAACGUCUGAAAAUGAAAAUGUAACAAGGCCACUUGCCACUAACACAGAUGCGGUGUUUUUCCGGCGCAUACUGCUCAAGGAAGCGGAAUUGGAGGGGGGUCAGGCGAAUAAAGCGCCAAUGCAACAAAAAGGCAAGGAGAAGGCGAAACAAAAGCAGAGCCAAAAAGCGGCCAAGAGCAAGAAAGUGGUGCAAUAGUUCGAUGUAUAUAUUAGUGUGGUGGCGUAUGGAGCAGAGGUAGUGGCGAAUGCUAGUAAUAUGAGUGUCUAACAAGUUGUGGCAUGCAAGCACCGCCAAGAAAUAUGAACGCAAUGGUAAUAAAUAUAGCUGGAACAAAAUGAGAGGCAGCCAGACAGGGAAAAGGACAGACAUACACGCAGAGAGAGAGAGAGAGAGAGAGAGAGAGACAGACACGCAGAGACAGAGAGAGAAAAGGAGAAGAGAUUAUUCUAAGCAGCGCUGAAAUUGUGACUUCGACUGCGGUUGCAUCUCUAUCGGCUUAAGCAUGCGGUGUGUGCAGCAAAGCAGUAAUUUAAAUUUGUUACAAUUUCUUUCGUGCUUCCUGUGGCCAUCCGCGCUACGUGCCGCCAUCCGUUGCGCGCAAUCGCUCCACAUUUUAUGUGCAUCCGACUUUCUUAUGCCACCAUCGCUCGUUGCAUGUCUUCUGUUCUGCGCCUUAUUUUCUUUGCGGUCAUCACGUAGCGACAGUAAAGUGUCUUAAUAGCCUCAGCGUUGCGGUUGCAAGCGAUUAUACAUACAAAUAUUACUAUGGCUCAUCUCUUUCAUUUUGUUUUGUUUUUCAAUUUUAUUUAUUUAUUUUCACUCUGCUGAUUUUUUGCUAUUCACUUUUUGAUUAUUCUCUGUUUUUUUUUUGUAAAAUACGACUGCCAUUAAAUUACGUUGAAAGAGUUUGUUGCUUGUUGCGCGUUUCAAUGCAUUCACUUUAAAGUGUAUAAUUAAUUAGUAUGAAAUAACUGUAAAUAAAUAUAUUUCAAUAAAUAGUGGCAAUAAA